AUGACCAUCAAUCCCACCUAUCUCGCGCAGCGCACGCGCUCCUCUGUCAACUGGACCGACGCCAGGGCCCGUGUCCUCAAGUCCUACAGAGAAUGGCUUAGAGCGUCCCCCGAGAUCCAGACCAUGUACUCCCUGAACAUGCCCGUUUCCGCCAUCCGCACCAAGGUCCGCCAGGAGUUCGAGAAGCACCGCUACGUGAAGCAACUCGGUGCUGUCGAUGUCCUGCUGUUCCAGAGCCACUCUGAGUUCCAGGAAACUCUUAACUACUGGAAGCAGCUUUCUCAUGUGAUGAAGUACUUCCGUCCAGAGGAAGACCCCGGUGCCCGCCUACCUCCUAACUUCAUCUCGGGCUUCUUGGAAGGCCGCAAUUGA